CCGCGCUGCCCGACGGGAGCUGCCGUCCGGGUGCCCUCCCGCGGCGGCCGCACGUGCGCGCGGUGCGGAGCGGCGCCGCCAUGCCUAAAGUAAAGGGAAAGAAGCGGCCGCGGCAGCAGCUCCAGGAGGGCCGCGCCAACGGUAUCUUAUUCAACACCGGCGCCGGGCAGCACAUCCUGAAGAACCCCCUCGUCGUCAACAGCAUCAUCGAAAAGGCUGCAUUGAGGCGUACAGAUGUUGUUCUGGAAGUAGGCCCUGGAACUGGUAACCUGACUGUAAAGAUGCUAGAGAAAGUGAAAAAAGUUAUUGCUUGUGAAAUUGAUCCCAGACUUGUGGGUGAACUUCAGAAAAGAGUCCAAGGCACGUGUCUGGCAAACAAACUUGAAAUCAAAGUUGGAGAUGUCUUGAAAACAGACUUACCAUUUUUUGAUGCAUGUGUAGCCAACUUGCCUUACCAGAUUUCUUCACCAUUUGUUUUCAAGUUAUUGCUUCAUAGACCCUUUUUCAGGUGUGCAAUACUUAUGUUUCAAAGAGAAUUUGCACUUCGUUUGGUUGCAAAACCAGGAAGUAAGCUGUACUGCAGACUUUCUAUUAAUACUCAGUUAUUAGCUCGAGUGGACCAUCUGAUGAAGGUUGGAAAAAACAACUUCAAGCCACCUCCUAAAGUUGAAUCCAGUGUUGUCAGAAUAGAGCCAAAGAACCCACCACCACCCAUCAACUUCCAGGAAUGGGAUGGUCUGGUAAGGAUAGCCUUUGUUAGGAAAAACAAGACACUCUCUGCAGCCUUCAAGUCAAGUGCUGUAGAGCAGUUGCUGGAUCACAACUACCGAAUUCAUUGUUCCUUACAUAAUACAGAAGUACCUGAAAAUUUCAAAAUUUCAGAGAAAAUACAGACAGUCCUAAAAGAUACAGGUUACUCUGAAAAACGAGCCCGCUCCAUGGAUAUAGAUGAUUUCAUUCGACUCUUGCAUGGCUUCAACUCAGAAGGCAUCCAUUUCUCAUAGACUUUACCAGAAGAGUGAAAGAUCUUCUGUACUUACUUCUGUAAGCCUUAUCUAAUCCCACGUGACUGAAAAGGGAGAAGCUCUUCUCACAAAAGCAGCAGAAUACAGCAUUCACAUUUUGAUUCCUAUUGAGAAUAAGAUGUGCUAUUUUAUCACAGACAACAGAAGAGGAGAUACUACUGCAUAUUUUAAACGCAUUCAGUUUGUUCAUGGCUGAAGAGCUGGACUUCCACACAAAACUGUAUUUUUCAGUAUACUCAAUGACACGGGGAUUGAUACUGCCAUAACUUAAAUCUGUAUUCUCUGAUCAUGAACUUCAUCUCAGUAUAUUCCUACAAUACAGUAGAAUCUGAUCUGGCAACAAAAAUGGAUAUGUAGUAAUUCCAGUUAAAUGCUUCCUUUUGAUUUGAAAUGACCACGUCUUCCAUUUGUCCUCCAGGAACCAAUGGCAUUCCAAGUCUGUUAGCAACUUAAUACUGUUAAGAAAAUCCCAUUAAGUGUUUUUCAGAAACAAGAGCAUUUGUCUUAUGGGCUUUGUAUAAGCUACUGAGGUCAAUAUUUCCUUUAUCAACUGUCUUAGUACUUUUGAACCUUUGUAGGAAUUGGCAGAAAAUUACCAGCUGACCGGCAGUCUUAAUGCAUGGCCAGAAUCUACAGAUUUUUGUUUUAGUCAACUAUCUUGUGGGAUAGAUGAGUGGACAGUGAGGUGGGUUGAGAACUGGCUGACUGGCAGAGCGCAGAGGGUCGUCGUUGGUGGUGCAGAGUCUGGUUGGAGGCCUGUAACCAGCGGUGUUCCUCAGGGGUCUGUGCUGGGUCCGGUCUUGUUCAACAUCUUCAUCAAUGACCUUGAUGAGGGGAUAGUGGCCACCCUCAGCAAGUUUGCUGAUGAUACGAAGUUGGGAGGAUUGGCUGACAUGCCUGAAGGCUGUGCUGCCAUUCAGUGAGACCUGGACAGGCUGGAGAGCUGGGCAGAAAAAAAAACAGAUGAGGUUUAACAGAAGAGAGUGUAGAGUCUUGCAUCUGGGGAGGAAUAAUUGCAUGCAGCGGUACAGGUUGGGGGAUGAGCUGCUGGAGGAGAGCUCUGCAGAGAGGGACCUGGAUGUCCUGGUGGACGACAGGUUGGCCAUGAGCCAGCAGUGUGCCCUUGUGGCCAAGAGGGCCAAUGGCAUCCUGGGGUGCAUUAAAAAGAGCGUGGCCAGCAGGUCGAGGGAGGUGAUCUUCCCCCUCUACUCUGCCCUGGUAAGGCCUCAUCUGGAGUACUGCGUCCAGUUCUGGGCUCCCCAGUACAAAAAAGACAGGGAUCUCUUGGAAAGAGUCCAGCGGUGGGCCACAAAGAUGGUGAAGGGCCUGGAGCAUCUCUGCUAUGAGGAAAGGCUGAGUGAACUGGGUCUGUUCAGCCUUGAGAAAAGAAGACUGAGAGGGGACCUGAUCCAGGUCUAUAAAUAUCUAAGGUGUGGGGGGCAGAAUGGCGAGGCCAGACUGUUUUCAGUGGUGAGUGGAGACAGGACAAGGGGAAACGGCCGGAAACUGCAGCAUAGGAAGUUCUGCACAAAUGGAGCACUGGGUUGUGGAGUCUCCUCUGAAAAUAUUCUCCAGGAGAAUCUCUGGAGGUAAGACCUGCCUGGACACCUGCUUGUGCAACCUGGUGUAGGGAACCUGCCUUGGCAGGGGGGUUGGUCUCAAUGAUCUCUGGAGGUCCCUUCCAACCCCUAUGAUUCUGUGAAUCUGUGAAGUCAGGAAGCUACUUUUGUAAGAAAACAGGGAAUUUUAACAUAGCUUAGACCUUUCAUUGAGCCUCAAAGUGAUGACUUGUGUAUCCUAACUGAGUGAAGCCACUUAAUGUUUUGAUUACGUGUCUGUUGUUAUGGACAAGGUGUAGUUUUCCCAAAGAAGCUUGUGUUAACUCUACACAACAGCCAUUAUCCACUUUGAUCUGUCCUAAGACUCAGGAAAAUGGUAAUUAUAGCACUGUGGCAUCGUGCAGAGCUGAGAGCUUAACUAUUAACUAACAUUAGUCAUUUGUUUUGUGUGGUAUUUCUCAUCUUCUAUAAGACCGCAGUAAAUGGAGAAGAAAGAUAACCAAAAAGUACUUCAAAAUUCACCUUCAUUUUACAGAGUUCUUAAAAUCAGUGAUUCAGGUACAUGCAUGUGCAGGAAGGAGUGUUUCAGAAAACUGAAUUACUUGUUUUCUAACUUAACAAUUCUAGCUUGUAGAACCUCUUAUGAAUUAUGGUUAUAUAGCAACAGCAGUAUGCACAGGCAAUACGGGAGGAACAGAUGUUUCUCUGGUACAUCGUGUUUCAAUGCUGCUUUACAGCAGAGGAAAUAGAAUAUGAUUGUCCAGUACUCCCCGUCCAUCAUAGCAGUGGGCCACGUCAUUCACUGUGUCACAUCGGUUGCUUACAUUUGUUCAUACUGCUUCAGUUUUGUUGUAGAUCCAGGAAGUACAGCAGGAUCUAUCACAGAGUUGUUCUCUGAAUGGAUACUAGAUGGAAUUUCAGCUUUUAUCUGGUACAGGCUAUGUUACUCACAAGGAUUAGUGAAAGUAGGUGGAAUUUUAUUGCCUCUUUUCUGCAUGUCUUCUUUGGUACCCACUAUGAUCUACAGCCUGGCUGUGUCUCUAGGUUUGUACAGAUGAAUAGUAGGGAAGCAAAGGUUAAGUUUGGAGACAGUCUGGGCUGUAGCAACCAUGUCCUGGCACAGUUUGCGAUCUUGAGAAGUAUGGGCCUGGCAAAGAGCAGAGUCAGGACCCUGAACUUCAGGAGAGUGAACCACAGCUUUUUAAGGAGUUAGUGGAUGAGAUCCCCUGGGAAACAACUCUGCUUAGGAGUAUAGGAAUGGAGCAGAGCUGGCAGCUGUUUAAGGACACCUUUCUGGAAGUGUGGGAGCACUAGAGGCUCAACCACUCAUGCUGCUAGAAGUUCUAUUUUCUCCCUUACCUAAAUGCCUGGGAAUCAGAUCUCCUCAGAGACAGUGAGGACAAUGCCAAGCACAGCUUCUGUAAGGACACCAGCAAGCUGGACCAUGACAACUCAAUGCCACCCUUAGCCAGAUGUCACUAUCCAACACCGUUCUAAAAAGUCACCUUCAACUUGCUGACAAGUUAAGAAACAACACUUUUCCCA